UUUUAUGUAUGUUGUCUGUGUUAAAUAGAAGCUUUCACGAUAAAACAUUUGCUCACAAACAUUUUUCAGACAACGAAUAUUUGGCGGGAGAUAGGGAAGUUUUUUUCAGAGAAAAUGCUGUUAAAACACUUAGAAACUAGUCGAAAAUUAGGAAUAAAAUGCUACUCUCCACAUUUAUUUUCCCAACUAUUGGAGCAGUAUGAAUCCUCUAUUUAUGAUGAGUAUGGCAUAGAAGGUGAAGAGGAGGGGUCGUCUGUACCACCAUUGGCAUGUGAAUUUUCUAAAGAAAAAUCUUCCUCACACAUCCUUGGUCUAGUCGAUGAGAAUGGUUAUGUAGUCAUCUACAAUACGAACAAAUAUGGACAGGAAGCUAUUGUUAAAGAUUGGAGAGCUCACAGUAAUGCUAUAUUUGACCUGGCAUGGAUGGGUGGAGACAGCAAGCUUUUAUCAGCAGCAGGGGACCAGACUGUUGUAUUAUGGGAUGUCCCAACUGCCAAAAAACUAAACAGUUUUCAAGGUCAUACAAGCAGUGUUAGAUCUGUUAAUUUCAAAACAAAUGAUCCAGCUGUGUUUGCUACAGGAUCUAGAGAUGGACAUGUAAUGAUAUGGGACAUAAGAUGUAACAAGAAAGGAUUAUAUACCUCCCCUGUACAAGUCAUCAAAAAUGCACAUUCUGUUCCACAUAUACUGAAAGCCAAAAAGAAAUCAAAACUUGGUCCAUCAAGGGAUAGCCAACAAAGUGUGACUAUAGUAGUGUAUCAAACAGACAUGACCUUACUAUCUGCAGGAGCUGUUGAUGGGUGUGUCAAAAUGUGGGAUUUAAGAAAGAAUUAUAGCUCCAGUAUACCUGAUCCAAUGGCUAAACACACAUUUAAUUACAGUGGAGUAAAUAAACGAUCACAUGGAUACUCCAGUCUGGUAUUAGAUUCCAGUUGUACCCAGUUGUUUGCAAGCUGUACAGAUGAUAUAAUAUACCAGUAUAAUCUACUCUCUCUAGAUCCUAAACCAGUGGCACAUUUUAAAGGACACCAGAACAAGUCAUUUUAUGUUAAAGCAGCAAUAAGUCCAGAUGACCAGUUCUUACUUAGUGGAUCCAGUAAUGAAAUGGCUUAUAUUUGGAAGAUUGCUAAACCUAAUGAAAGUCCUGUUGUUCUAAAAGGCCACAAUGCUGAAGUAACAGACGUUUCAUGGAAUUGCAAUGAUUUCACUAAGCUGACCACUUUGUCAGACGACAAUACAAUGAGGAUAUGGAGACUGAACAGACGAUUGGAACCAAGGUUACCAAGGGAAGUAACAGGAUAUUCGGAAAGAACUCACAGAGAAAUAGGUAUAUCUGCAAGCCAACAUGUGGAAAUAACACCAAAUAAAAUACCAUGUACCCCUAAGACUGUGUCUCCAUCAAUACUUCAUUUCCUGAGCAAAAGUGCUCAAAAAGCAGCCUGUGAUAAUAAGACUGCCAAGCUAGAUACCAAAUCUAAUGUGACUGAAGGUAGUAAAAGCAUCAAUAACUCAUGUGUUAACAAUACCUCACAAAGUGCAUCAAAGUCUGUGUUGGUUACAUGUAAUGAGGAAUCUUUGACACGGGUCAGCUGCAAAAGAAAAUUGGUGUGUGACGAUGAAGAAGAUGACAAUCCAAGAAAAAGACCAAAUAUUGGAGAUCAAGACUUUGUUUUGUCUAGUCCAAAUAAACCUUCAACGUCUACUACAAAUGUUAUGAGAAGUCCAUGGAAAUGUGAUGAUAAUCCACAAAAAUGGCUACAAACAAGUAAAAUGGCAUCCCCUAUUGGAAGCCCUCGAAAGAGAUGUUCCGUUGUACUGGAAAAAUCUGCAACUGACAAUUCUCCAUCAAAAUUAUCACUAGCAGCUACGCCUCAGUCAGUACCUUCACAUGUUAAAACAAAACUUUUCAACUCUUCACCCACAAUCAAUCUUCCAAAUCUGGUUGAAGAGGGAACAGUCAGGGAUAUUAAUGUCAAUUUCAAAAAAUGUGAUAAAGAAAACAGUCCGAAAAAAUCCAAAAUAGACUGGUUAACAAAAAAACGAUUAGAGAAAGAGUCAGAAUCUACAAAUUUAAGGAAAGAUUUGGGUUCUCCCAGGCUAAGGAAAAUUAAAAGUAUUUCUCAGGACACAAGUGCUUUUAAAAAGGAUUCAAAUUCGCCUAAAGAUUUAGGUUCUCCCAGGCUACGUAAAACUAAAAGUAUUUCUCAGGACAUCAGUACAAGUUCCCCUAAAAUUAAUAAGAAAAGUAAAUUAAAGGAGGACACGACAUUGUGUUCACCUUGUCGGGUUAAAGGAAAUCAUUCACAGGAGGAAGAUGAUGACACUGCUGAGAAGCUGAGAGAGACUCCACCCAAAGGAAUGAAGUCACUGAAGCACUACUUCUCAAUCAAGUAAUUAAUGUUGGAUAUGGACCAUUGGGUCUUAUGGUGCUUUCAUUUAGGAAAUUGGUGGAGUUUUACAGCCAGCUGUUUCUUUGAUUAAUUUUA